AUGACGGCGACGUCGGCAUCAGGAUCGGCAGCCGGAGGAGAGGGAAGCUUCACGCCUAGCGAUUCGGGGACGGGAGUCGUCCUCAGCAAGGCCUACCAAGCCCGGGUGACUCCGAAGUCCGCCCUGCACGCCUCGGCGCUGGCCCUGCACUGCCUUCUGGUAACGGAAGGGUUCGUGUGCACCGGGCAGGACGACAAGGCGGGAGCCAUCAAGGGCUUCGCGGCCCCCGUGAGGGACGUCCCUCAAGAGAAGCUCGUGCCCGACCGCUGGGACGCAGACCCGUCAGCGGUAUCCUUCCGUUACCGCCGCCCAGACCGCACAGGAAAGGUGUACCUCUUCAAGGCCGUCGCAGGGGGGGGUCCGGCGCAGUUCUUCCUCGGGGAGAAGGGCGGGGAGAUACAGUCGGCGGAUGUUGAUCUCGAGCCCCUGGAGCGGUGCGGGCCGAAGUUCUUUGAAUCGGAGGGCUUUUUCGAGACGCUCUUCUCCGUUUUCCGCCGGGAAGUCCUGGCCCACAUCGCGCCUCCGGUUGUCGCACCGCCGCCGCAACCGGCGGGGGGCGAAACCGUCCCCGCCCCCGACCGGAAUUUUUCGCCGUCCACGUCUGGGAAACCCCGGCCGGCGAUACCGGGCACUGCUGCUGAAGACGACGAUCCACUCAGGGUUGGCCCUCCGAGGUUCGCGGGCCCCCCCGGCGUCGGCCCCACCCCGUUCCUCCCUGGGAGAGGCGGCGAUUUUGGCGGUGAUCUGUUUCCUAGCGGUGUCGGUGGUCCUGCUGGUGGUGGAGGUGGUGGGCUUCCAGGACCGGGGGGGCUGCUUGGCCCCGGGCACCCGAUGUUCGGCGGAGGCGGAGGGGCUGGCUACAUGGAGCCGCGGUUCGACCCAUACGGGCCGCCGAUUCCAGGCCAGCAGCCGUGGGGCCCCGGCGUCCCGGGGAGGGGUGGGGGUGGGAGAGGGGGGCCCGCACAAGGAGGACCUCGUGGACCGCCUGGCGGGCCUGACAACGACCACCUUCGCCCGCCGGGGGGUUCCGGCGACAUGUUCUUCUGAUCAGUCGCACACCCCUACUACCCCUGCUGGGAGUCCCGGCCGGAGGAGUGGUCUUCUGGUAACGUACUCGGAGAAACAUCGCGACGCACGGCAUAGAGAGCUGCUGUAUCUGUUGGUGGUGGUAGGAAUUAGUCUGUCCAAUGGAUGACGUGACGUGAGCUAUUCAGGGUAGAGAAUAUGCACUGCAGUGGCCUUCCCAGGGUUUUCCUGUUGAGUACAAUGUAUAAACAUGUUGGAUAACGCAUGCAAUCGGGGGGAAGUUGGGUUAGGGUUAGGGAUAGAGUCUGCGUACCCCCUCCCUGCUCUAUACAGUAUCCUCAUUAACUUGAUUUGUCGCGAAGGGGGUCAUGUAUGGUCACCAGGAGGCGCACCCAAACCGAUGAGACGGUGCAAGAUGUCGUGCUACAGAGUAUGCUGACACGCGGCUGGGAAACCCUAGCGAUCAUCUGUUGGAAUGCUGGCAAUGUCCGCCGUACGAGUCGCGAUGACGCCACCGAUAUGUAACCGAACCGCAUGGUGUCAUCGGUGGUAUGAUGGCGUGUUUGGUUGUGACAUGUAUCCUAAGCUAUCCUAAGGGCAGACACUGAGGAGGUUGUGGUUGGCUGCGUGUGCCGCCAGGACGACGCCUAAAAGAUUGUGAUGUGUCGUGAGGGCGAGGGGGGCGCCGUCAAAUCAGACCGUAGUGUUGCAUUCCUUCGGAAAGGGAGAUGGGCGGGGGGGGGGGGGGGGUGCUCUUGGCUGUCGGGUGCCCAGAGUGUACAAACGGAUGGUGCCAAGUAGUUAAAAAAAAAAAAAAAGCGUUCAUUCAGUGACUAGUUGUCGCCUUGAGAGAAAAUCGCGGCGGCUUGGCUGGAUGGGGCAGGAAGUUCUCGUUGGUGGGGUCGCUCAUGGAUGCUCGAACCGUACCGUUGGACAUCGGGCGUUCAGUCCUUUUGGUUAUUUCUUCUGUUAAGAGAAGCAAGCGCGGGUGUGCCGUCCCUUCUGGGUUAAACACACAAGGAAGGCGUAGCCUAACAUCGCAUAGUAUCGCACUGGGAACGGAGCUUGCCUCAGGCAACCGUGCUAAUAGAACACGAGAACGCAGUCCACAGUGUACACCUCAGAGUAUUGCAUCUAUCAUCUCACUCCCCCAUGUGACCCCUGUUUGCAAGUGUUGAGUCAGGGAGGUGAGGCCGUGGGGUAGGUUACGCUGAGAGCGAUCGUUAGUACAUGGGACAAGAACGACGAAAACUGCAACAAGGGAUGGAUUGGAUGCAUUCCAACAUCAGUGACGGCCUGGCCUUGAUAUAGCGUCGAAGGUGUUUCUGUCCACAGUGCCGGCAUCCAUCCGCACGAAAGAGAACGUGCAGAAACUGCUAAAUAUGAUAUCGGGUGUCGAGGAGG